AAAUCGGGGGGAAGUUGAUGGGUAAUCGAAGGAAAAAGUGUCAUUUCCCUUGUUUGCACCGUCCGUUUUUAAACUCAUUUUUUCUCCCUUCCUUCCUUCCUUUUGUAACAUAUAAGAAACCAAUCCCAUCAACAACUCAUUCUUCAUCGUCUCUGUCUUGGGUCCAAGAAAAUGUUUCUUCUCUUUCCCUCUCAUUUCUUGGCUUAUCCAUUUUGUCAUUCUAUACAUGCUUGCAGAUCGUAGAGGAAUACGUUUUUGUUGUUCUUUAGUGUCUCUUUUGCUUAUGAUGUAAGGAAAGAUAUAGGGAGGGGAGGAAAAGAAAGAAAGAAAGAAAGAAAGCAAAAAAUGGAAGGGUCCGUAGGAGCAGGGUUCAUGGCAGUCUUUGCAGUUUCAGGAAGUGUAGUCUUCAUUGCUCGUGAAGUCCAUAAGCGUCUCCUCUCUGAUUUCAUGAAGAAGAUUGAAUCUGAAUUGGGUGGAAGUGCAAAAUGUCAAGUGAAGAAAAGGGUUCGUUUUGCCGAUGAUGUGAUGGAACCAUCAUCCAAUAACAAAGAAUACAGGAAGAGGAAUCGUAGUAGCCUGGCAAAGCAGGCUAAAGUUGGUGAUGUUGAUGAAUAUGACCAUCCUCAUCAGCUCCUGGAAAUGGAUGAUAUCAUGCCUCUCAAUAGGCAGGUUUUGUAUAAAGGGCUUCUUGAAUAUAAAACCCUUAAAACUCAUGAUGCUUCCAACUUCCUGUAGCGUUCUUUUUUCAUAACCCAAAGUUUUGAUUUUGUCUAGGAAAUAGGAAAGGGGGAAGUUCUUUUCCAUUUGUACAUUUUCAAUAGGUUGUUUUUUCUUUCUUAAUUUGGUGUGCUCAUGCUUGCUUUGUAUCAUACACAGAAUUCAUCCCAAUAAAAAGAAAUGGUUUUGGUUUGAAUCUUAA